AUGGCAGAAGAAGCUCAAUCUUACCUCUCUACGUCGACCUCCUCGCCCAUGCCCAGCAAGCAGAUAUCGCAGCUAUACAAGCAAGCAUCGCAGCUCUUUCUCACUCGCAGGCUCCAGGAGUCGCUCUCGCUACUCGAACCGAUCAUUACACCGUCGCCCAGCCAGGAAAGUGGCCAACAGAAUGGAGAGGGUGUCGCGACCUCACCACCGCUCGCGCCAAUUGCAACAGCAUCCGCAAACCUGAAGAUCAAGAUAUGGAACCUAUAUAUUACGAUUCUAAGUGCCAUUGUGGACCUUGGCCCUGAAGAAGGGAGGGCACAGUUUGGCCAGAAGGAAUGGAAAGCUAUUGCAACCAAAGUUAGAGAAGGCGAAGUUUGGGAAACGGUUGUGAGCAUAGGAUAUCAUGGAAGAGAAGGAUCUGUGGAUGCGGACAUCGUCUACAACCUUGCUACCCUCCUUUUGAAUCAUUCAGCGUCCCAGAAAUUAAAUCAAGAACGACUUGAAACCUACCUGUCUUCCUACGGCCAGCCAGAUCUAGAUGUCUCCGCGCAUAUGGAGCACCUUUCCUCCGGUAAACGAAAGCAACGGAUGGCCUCUGCCGCAGGGACAGAUACUCCAAAGGAUCUGGCAGUGCGGGUCAAGCUACUAGAGAUGUUCACCUUACAUGUUCUUCCUCGAAAUGAGGAAUGGGAAUAUGCCCGAGAGUUUAUCAACCUCAGUGAAGCCUUGGACGACGACAGAAAAGAGGCCUUCAUCCAAACCUUGGAUAAUUUGAUAGAAGAGAAGGAAAAGGGAGCACAACGGGCCGCCGAGAUCCAGCAGGAGAAAGAAGAAGAGCUUGAACGGCAACGGAAACAACGAGAAGAUGAAGAAAGGCAACGAGCCGAAGAAGAGAAGAAGAAACAAGAGCGAGAACAGAAACAGAAACAGCAGCAAGAAUCAUUAGGUGGGAAGUCAACCAGCAACCACGCAAGAUCAAGCAGCGAAGUGGACUACGGGAUUGAGAAAUCCAAUCCAAGCUCACCUAUGAAAUCACGAGUCGUUAAACCAGCUUUGAAGAAAACACAGCCAUCGGAACCUUCUUCAGCCAAACAAACAAAAAAGAACACAACAGGGAAGCCCCGGUCACUUGUGCUUGCACGGAUGCGGGUACUCGCGAAUCUAUUAAUUACUUUUAUGAAGAACUUGUCUCGGUCACUUAUUUCGAACCCGCUAUCAUAUUUAAAAUCCCUUCUUGUUGUUCUGGGAAUCCUCAUGGCGUUGGGAAGGACAGACGUUCGAAAUCGCAUUCGUCAAGUCACAGGAGCUGGCUGGCAGAAAGUUAGGGGUACUAUUGGGAUGGGCGUUAAGGUCAGCUAUAUCUAA